AUGGGUCCCCACCACCCAUCAAUGCAUGGUGUUCUUCGACUCAUCGUUACUCUCGAUGGUGAAGAUGUUAUUGACUGUGAACCAAUAUUAGGCUAUUUACACCGAGGAAUGGAAAAAAUUGCGGAAAACCGAACAAUUAUACAAUAUCUGCCUUAUGUAACGCGUUGGGAUUAUUUAGCUACUAUGUUCACAGAAGCAAUAACCAUAAAUGGACCGGAGUUGUUGGGAAAUAUCCAAGUGCCUAAAAGAGCCAGCUAUAUCAGAGCAAUUAUGUUGGAGUUGAGCCAAAGGAAAGAAGAAGACAGAGAAACUGUAACUGCAAGAAUUGGAGCUGAUUCGAGUUCGAAUUUCCAAGUCGAACGGGUUCUUUUGGGGGGGGAAAAAUGGCGGCGAAGGCGAUUUCAUCUUCGGUCGCGGAGCUUCAAUCCCGGAGCGCUCCGGCGGGGGCCCGCCGACGUGGAGUUCGCGAGAUGCUACUGCUGCAGGCUGACGGAGGAGUGCACGCCAGCGUACAUUGCACGCGUGAGGGAGAGGUACCAGGGCCGCUGGAUUUGCGGGCUCUGUGCCGAGGCGGUCAAGGACGAGGUAUUCAGAUCGCAGAGAGAGGAUAUCGGGACCGGCGAGGCGGUGAAGCGGCACAUGAAGUUCUGCGAGCAGUUCAGGUCGUCGAGUCCUCCGAGCAAUCCCGGCGAGGACCUGAUCUCGGCCAUGAAACAACUUCUCCGGCGGACUCUGGAUUCUCCGAGGAAGAACGAUUUCGCGGGUUGUCGACCUCUCGGCCGCUCCAAAAGCUGCUUCGCUACAAUGCCGGAGAGGCAGAGCGAGUAAAACAAAGCUUCAAUUGCGGAAGAGAAAUUAAUAAUGGAAUUUGUUGUCCAUAGCUCAAAUGGUAGGCCGUAAAUGGAUCUAUCAGCAAUGUUAUGUUGUGUUAAUUUGUUGUUUGUUGUUCAAUUUUUUUUUAAGCUAGUUAAUUAGUGCCUUUAGUUAUUGUUGGAAUUUUAGUUUUUAGUUCUAUUGGGUUUGAUCUUAUUUGAUAUUUUCGUAAUUGGAUGGAUUGUAAGGUAAUGUAUUUUGCCGGAGUUCAAUCAAAAUUUACAAAAAG